AUGUCACAGCUCAUUCGAAGCACCACACCCAUUCGAACUUUUGAAGAUCAUGAGCGGUUCAUACAGGAAGUCGCAGUGUUCCCCGACAACCGACGAAUGAUUACGUGUUCGGACGACAAGACAUUUCGUCUUUGGGACUUGGAGACAGGUGUUGUGUUGAAGAAGAUGGAAGGGCAUAGCGGUGAGGUGUGGGCAUUGGCGAUAUCGCGAGAUGGUAAAAUAAUAGCAAGCGGUGAUUCAAAUGGAGAGGUCAUCGUCUGGGACGGAGAAACUGGCGAAUCCAUCACUCAACCCAUCAAAGCCCACCCCAGCAUAAUCUAUUCUUUGGAUUUUUCUCUGGAUGGAAUGGUGCUUGCCACUGGUUCAGGUGACGACACGGUGAAGUUUUGGUGUACCAAAACGUGGCAGAUGCAAGGAAAUCCAAUCAAGUGUGGCAGUGAGGUCAACUGCGUUCGAUAUUCACCUUCUGGUGAACUUCUUGCCAUCGCAACAAGAGACAAUAUCCAAAUUUAUAAUCCAGGCACAAGGAAACGCGUCGCAUAUUUGACAGAUGUCAAUUCAUGGAAGUCACUUGUGUGGACGCCUGAUGGCACACGCCUUCUUUCAGGGAGCGAUAAUUACAUACUGGAGUGGGACACAUCAACCUGGCAGCAGGUCGGUCAGCCCUACAAAGGCCACACUAGUGAUAUCUACACCAUUGCCAUUCAUCCCGCUGGCGCCCUCGUCGCUUCUGCAUCUGAAUUCGACUACUACAUCCUUCUCUGGCGGCUCUCAGAUCAACAAACCAUCGCCGUCUUUCAGGAUUCAUCCAUCCCUAGAUGUGUCAUGUUCUCUGUGGACGGCAAGCACAUUCUCAGUGGAGGUGAUGAUGAUAAGCUCUCAGAAUGGGUGCAUCCUUCCCCGCGAUGCUUGUCUAUCGCUGAAGGGCUGCUCACCCAAGAGAUCCACGCCAACGCCAACGACUUUGCUUCAUAUGCCAAUCGUUCCUUCGUUAUGGCCCGGAAGCACGACUUGGACAACGCCCUUGGGGAUGCAAUCAAGUCAAUCAACAUCAAACCAUCAUUGAUUGGCUUCAUCUCGGAAGGCAUCGUCCUCUGCGCAAAAGGUCGCGUCCAGGAAGCAAGGGUAGCAUUCGACGUUGCAUCCAUGUUCACGAACCAAAAUCCAGAAACCAACCAAUUUCUUCUCUUGAUCAAGGCCAUCGCACUCUUUAACGCAGAUCAACACAAGGAAGCAUUGCUGCUCAUCAAAUACCUGGCUGCCGCUUGUCCCAGUGUCGAGCCUCCCGCGCGUCGUGUCGUGGAAACAUAUCUACGCGUUCAACUCGGAAUCAAAGCUUUCGAUGGCGCGCAUCACGACGAAGCCGCCGAUCACUUCACUGCCGCUAUGCACUCAGACGCUUUCUCAUCGAAAUACAUUCAUCUUGUAUGCCAGGACUUGACCGUGCUCUUCGGCUGGGAUCUCGAGUCCUUGCUGCUCACCACGCACCAGAAACGGUGCCAGGCUUUCCUUUCGGCAAGUAAACCUGAUGAAGCCCUCAACGCACACAAAUACAUGACGGACGCCAUGGACGAGACUGCGAAAGCCAGCUGCCUCGAUUGGUCCAAUGGCGACGUGCUAUGUGCUGCCAACGGAAAUUCCGCCCUCGCCGCGAAUGAUUAUGACAAGGCUAUCUACCUAUACUCGGCGAUAAUCAACUCGAACUCUGCAUCUGAUGUUGUCUUUGCAAAUCGUAGCAAGGCGAAGUUAGGCAAAAUGCUAUGGAUGGAAGCGCUCCUCGAUGCGCAGAAGGUCAUCGAACUCGACCCUUUUUCUUAUCUUGGAUACAACUUGAAGCACGCAGCGCUUCAUGGUGCGGAGCGCUAUGAUGAAGCGAUUGAGACCUUCCAAACGAUGCUCUCGAUAUUGGACAAUGCACCUGAUGUUCAGACACGAAACCUGCGCCAGCAGUAUCUCAGACCUUCUGAAGUGGAAUGCGCCAUUCGACGGGUCAUUGAUGCCCAACUCGACGAUGCUCCGUUGCGUCUACUCGACACCACCACAGGUCUCUUGUGCGAUCGAGAGACACAGAUAGGCACCUUCAAAAUGAGCGCGCAGUAUAAGGAGCUCGUGUCAUCAACAAUCACGCAUGUAGACUUGCACAUCGAGCACAUCUAUGAAGUGGUGAAGAGAUACCUGCAAUAUGCCAUGCUGUCACACAGGUGGGAAGGGAAGGAGCCGCUGCUGCACGAUAUCCAGGGCAAGUGCGUAUACGACUCGGAGUUGGAUUCGAUUGGCGGCAUUACGAAACUACGGUCGUUCUGUAGAACUGCUCGUGAUGCGGGGUAUAACUGGGCAUGGAGCGAUACAUGCUGCAUCGACAAGAGCAACAACGUCGAAGUGCAUGAAUCGGUCAACUCCAUGUUCGUAUGGUAUCAUCAUUCCGCGCUCACGAUCGUCUACCUGUCUGAUGUUCCGCCUUCGUCAAAGUCUGGCGGACUGACGAGGAGCGCUUGGAACACGCGGGGAUGGACGUUUCAGGAGUUCAUUGCUCCCAAAGUCAUUCUCUUUUAUCAGAACAAUUGGACUCUUUAUCGUAAUGAUCGUACUCCCAACCACAAGGAUUCCAUCGCAAUCAUGCAGGAGAUCAAGGACGCGACGGGCAUAGACCGACCAGCAAUUACAGCUUUCCAUCCCAGUAUGCACAACGCACGAGAAAAACUCCAUUGGGCGUCAACCCGCGUUACUGCGCGUCAGGAAGACAUCGCAUACUCUUUAUUUGGCAUCUUUGGCGUCCGUCUACCUGUAGAUUAUGGUGAGAAGCAGGACAAGGCUCUCGGGCGGCUCCUGCAGGAGAUUGUCGCUCGGUCGGGGGAUAUCACUGGCCUCGAUUGGGUCGGAGAAUCAUCAGAGUUCAACAGCUGUCUACCAGCCUCCAUCACUUCUUACGAAGCUCCACCAUGCCAGCUACCACCCCUACCUGAGGAAGAAAUCCAGUCAUCGGUUUCUUCGCUGCGAAAUACGGUGGCUACUGAUUUCGCUUCGAACCUUUAUACCCUGCUUCAGAACACGAGCGCCCCUCGCUUCGCAGCACAGAGACUGCAUCUGCCUUGUCUUGCCUUCAAUGUCAGGAAAGUCAGACGAGUGCGUAGUCCGGCCCCGGAGACUCAUUUCACGUAUGAAGUGAAGGCGGACGGACUUCACGACUUGCUUAUCACCACUGGAGAGACCCUGGUUCAAUUCUGGCCGGCAAGGCCCACUCAGCGAAAAUUUGUCCUUGUCCGUCCCUGGGAUCGGUCUCUCCUGGAGCUAUCUGAAUUUGUAGAACCGUCUGACUAUGGAAAUGAUACGGAGAGUGAGAAGGAUUAUGGAACGUCGCCUUCUCCGUCAGACGAUUGGGCUGGUGGUUCUCCUGUAGAACAGGGGAUGUCUGACCUGGAAUCACAGGCAUUGCGGUUGCUUGUUCACCUUGGACAGCCUUUCGGCGCAUUUUUGCUGGCGCAGCAGCGCAGUGGGGAAUACAAGAGGAUUGCGACGGAUUAUGAUAUCAUUGGACAGGUCAAGGACGUGGCUUCUGUUGGAGAUUUGAUGGACAUCAGGACUAUAGAAAUAUUGUAG